CAUUCCCUGUUUUCAGUGUUUUCCAAAUUUGGGCCGCUCUACUCGGUGCGAAGGCACAGAAACGCUGCCAUGGCAGGGCCUGGCUAUUACGCCAUCAUCAAGUUUUAUUCAGCUGGAGAUGCCAGCAGAGCCCAGCAUGCAUGCAAUGGGCAAAGGCUGUUUCAGAAAUCUCCCUUGAAGGUUUGUGUUUGCACCAAGCAGAAAGGGUUUCAGCAACAAGUCCUUGCUCUCAACAGCAACAAGUGCCAGGAGUUGGCCAAUCACUACCUUGGCUUUAAUGGCUGGUCCAGUCACAUCAUCACACUGCAGAAUGUAUCUGUCUUUGAUGAUGAGAAUGAGGAACUGGAAAAGACAUUACAGAAACGAUCCGUGAAAUACCUGUGUGCUGUGGAGGUGACAUUGCCCAACCACGGGGUACGCACCAGGGGAGUUGCCCUCGGCGAGGCAGACAUAGAAAACGGUGAAGAUCCUCUCGAGUUCCUCACAGCCUCGAGGAGAGCUCAGAAACUCGCAACUGGGAAGGCUUUGUCUAGUGCCUUUCAGAAGAUACUCCUCGUAGUCUUAGAGAAUGGGAAAGUGGCCGUGGAGUACAAUUUCACCCAAGAGGAGCUCACAGACUCCUUAACAGAAGAGGAACUGAAGGGGCUUGUUGAGGUAAACCCAGUGGAUAUUGAGCUUUUGCACAGGACCUGGAUGUCACAUCUGUUAACUGUUACAGCCUCUGACACCUUCUUUUUAUGCAGCAAUUGA